AUGACAUACUCCCUGGAGUUUGGACUUGUCAAUGCUGCAAACAGAUACCUGACUGCCGAACCUUUCCGUUUCCAGGUGGCAGCCACAGGCAAGCAACUGAAGCCUCGCCAGGUGUGGGUGCUGCAAUUUGUGACCCCACAUGGAGCUGGAGCAGCUGGCCCAGGAGAAGGGGCUGCCCAGAAAGUUCAUCUUAUCAGUGCCCUGAAACGCUACUUAGCAGCUGACCCAAAUGGCAAAGUCACCUGUGACCAGGAUAAACCAGGGCCUCAGACCUUCUUCCUGCUGCAUCAGUAUCCAGAUGGCAAGGUGUCUCUGCAAAAUGAGCAGUCCAAGCGUUUCCUGGGUGGAGCAGAGGACAAUGUUACCUGCUUUGCCCAGGCUUCCAGUGAAACAGAAAAAUGGACCCUGCACCUGGCAGUGCACCCCAACGUUGCGAUCUACAACCCCAACAGGAAGCGUUAUGUGCGUUGUGAUGAGAAAGCUGAGGUACUGCGCUGUGAUCGUGAUGUGCCUUGGGGGGCAGAAUCAGUCAUCAGUAUCUACUAUGAUUUCAAAGGUCUGGAUUCCAAGGCACACAAUGCUGACAGAAGGCAAUUGUCCCCAUAUAUACCAGUGAAGAAGUAUGGCUUGAGAAAUGGGGCAGGUAAACUCUUAGCUUCCAAUGGUUCACUGGUAUCUGACGUUACUGCACAAACCAUGUACUCUUUGGAAGUCCAUGGUGGCUUGGUUGCCUUCCGGGAUGAUGAGGGAAAGUAUUUGACUGGGCGAGAGGGUAGCAUGAAAACCCUAAAGAUGGACAGACCUGGACGGGAUGAACUUUUCAGCGUGGAAACAAGCCCUGCCCAAGUUUCACUGCGCUCCUCUUCUACCAACAAGUUCGUCUGCUGCAAGCCUGGUGCUGACCUCUAUGCCACUGCAAUGGCUGUAGGCAACACAGAGAUCUUCCAGCUGAUGUAUGAUGAUGCUACAAAGAAGGUCUGCUUCCGUGGCCAUAGUGGCAUAUACAUGUCCUUGGGACCCAAUGACUGCAUCAUUAGCAGCACCAAACAGGACAAAAAUGUUUGGUUUGAACUCCAGUAUCAGGAUCAGAAGGUGCUGCUUCACAUGGGAGACAAGUAUGUGUCUAUGCGGCCCAACGGACAGCUCCUUGCAGUCCCCAAAGCUGCAGGUAAAAGUGAAGAUUUCCUGCUAGUUCUGGUGAACCGGCCUCUACUGAUCCUGCACAGUGAUGCUGGUUAUGUUGGUCUGAGUUCUGACAUGAGGCGGUUGGAAGGGAACUGUGUUGACUACGUGCUCAGCAGCCUGUCACUCAGUGAGGAAGGCUACUAUAAUUUCCAAAUCGGUGGCAGAUAUUGGGCCUUGGAUAAAGAUGGGCAAAUCCUGGUAACCAGUGACCGUCCUAGCAAUUUCAGCCUACAGUUUGUAUCCUCCAGCUGUCUCAUAGUCAAGGCUUCCAACAACAAAUAUCUUGUGGCUGAUCAAGGAGGCCGAGUAUGGACUGGGUCUACUGAUGCAUCAAAUGCAACUCUGUUCCAUUAUUGAGAGGUUCUGACCUCCAUUAAACUUCUGCUGUGUGUCUCAUUUAAGGGCUUCUCUUAAGGAUACAUCAUCCCAGAGAAAAUCUAUGUAGUCGUUAGGGGUCAAAAAUGACUCCAUGGCCCAUGAUCAAUCAGUCAGUCAAAACAAAUUUGAACCUGAAGAUGCACUUCAACAAUAACAA